AAACCUAGCUGAAAAAUAACUCAAAACGCAAACCAAGAAAUGGCUUAUCUUCCUAGUAAUAUUACAUUAGGAAUAUUCCUAGUACUAAUUUUCUUUUUCACAAACCACAUAAUUUUAGGGUUUGGAGCUUCUUCAACUGAUUCAGCUGGCUUUCUUGAAUGCCUUACUGUUGAGUUACAAAGCUCCAACUCAGCAACGAGUCACCUGAUUUACACACCCAAUAAUUCAUCAUACGCAACUCUUAUUCAAGUUGAAAACCAAAGACCGGCGGCUACCUUCCCGGAGAAGCCUCUUCUCAUUUUCACCCCUUUUUACGAGCACGAAAUCCGAUCGGCGAUUCACUGCUCCAAGAAACUCGGAGUGGAGAUCCGACUCAGAAGCGGCGGCCAUGACUACGAAGGUCUUUCUUCCGCUUCCCAGGUUCCCUUCAUGGUUGUUGACUUGAGAAACCUACGCACCGUGACAAUCGCCGCCGACGAGAAAACUGCAUGGGUUCAAGUCGGCGCAACCCUAGGCCAGUUCUACCACACCCUCGCCCAGAAAAGCAGGACCCUUGCUUUCACCGCCGGAGUUUGCCCCACCGUCGGCGUCGGCGGCCACUUCAGCGGCGGAGGGUACAGCAUGAUGUCCCGCAAGCAUGGUCUCGCCGCCGACAACAUCGUCGACGCCAGAGUAAUGAACGCCGACGGCAGAAUCUUGAACCGCCGCUCAAUGGGGGAGGAUCUCUUCUGGGCCAUCAGAGGCGGCGGAGGUACUAGCUUCGGGGUUGUCCUCGCCUUUAAAGUAAACCUAGUCACCGUCCCGGAAACCGUGACGGUUUUCAACGUCACAAGAACUUCCGAACAAAACGCCACCCAGUUACUACACAGGUGGCAGUACAUCGCCGACAAGAUCGAUGACAAUCUUUCCACCAGAAUUUUCAUGAAAAGUGUUACAUCUCCGACCACCGGAAAAAGGACAAUCGCAGCUUCUUUCACAACCUUGUACCUAGGUGGAGUUCAGGAUCUUCUGCCAUUAAUGAAAGAGCAAUUUCCAGAGCUAGGGUUAGUGGAGAAAGACUGUACGGAAAUGAGCUGGAUUGAAUCCGUACUCUUUUUCGCACGUCUACAUAACAAACCCCUGGAUAUUCUGUUAGAUACAACUCCACCGACCAGACAAUUUUACAAGGGCAAAUCGGACUUUGUGCAAGAGCCAAUUCCAGUAGAUGGGCUCCAAGGAAUAUGGAGAUUCAUGCACGAAGAAGAUGAACUGAACAUGGAGUUGCAGUUCAGCCCUUACGGAGGCAAAAUGAACAGCUUUUCGGAAUCCGAAACCCCGUUCCCGCAUCGAUCAGGUAACAUUUUCAUGAUUGAAUAUGGGCUGUAUUGGUAUUUACCAGGUAAAGAAGAAGCCGAAAAGCACUUAAACUGGAUGAGGAGAUUUUACGCUUACAUGGCCACUUACGCGUCGAAAUCUCCGAGACAGGCUUAUACCAAUUACAGGGAUCUUGAUUUAGGGAUGACUAGUCUCCACUCGGGCAAUAAUAAUAGUACAAGCUAUGAACAGGCUAGGGUUUGGGGGGUGAAGUAUUUUGCGAACAAUUUCGAUCGAUUAGUUCGCGUGAAGACAAUGGUGGAUCCUACCAACUUUUUCAGGAACGAGCAAAGUAUUCCGCCCUAUGUUGCGUCUGCAUACUCGUCUUGAUUGACGGGUCGAUUUUCGUAGCGGGUCAUAUAUGUUGUAAUUAUGACCUAGCUUAUUUAUUAAUUAUUGAAUAAAGAUGUUUGCACGCAUCAUAAAUAAUGUGAGUUGAUCUAAGUAUUCUGUCAUUAUUAAGGAAGAAUGAAUGUAUGUUUGGGUAUUCAUUGUAUAUUUUAAUUGGUAUGCAUGUGUUUUGAUUGUAUUUUAUUGGGUAUUUACCAGUGUCUUUGUUGAAUAAUAAAUGUUUCAUAUAUUUUAUACUA